UUGGUGCAACAUAAUUGUUUCAAACUGCCUACCACAACUACGACUUCACGUAGUAACUAGAGCUGAACUUCUCUUGUUGAUUUCAGAAGCGGCCACCGGCCUAGCCCGCUCGAGCACCCAACUUGCUGAACUCUUUCUGCCAGCAAGAAUCCUGACGAACCUGACUACAUACCUGCACCUUGCACAUACUCACCACCAUCUUACUUUAUCUAAACUUAAGUAUGGCCGGAGACCCCUCAAGCGGACAUUAUAUGCCGCAGGAUACGCCGAUAUCGAGGCAACACAGAGACGAAUUCGAGUAUGGCGCACUAGAGGAUCAAGACUACCCCGAACCCAUCAAAUACAAAAUCCCCAGGCAACCUGCCUGGCUUCAAUGGAAGUUUGGAAGGUUGUCCGUACUAAUCGUUGUUGGUAUUGGUUUGGUGCUGGCGGUCUUUUCUCUUGGCGUUAUGGUCGCUGUCAUUGCCCGAUCUGUAACAACCAACAAUACCAGCUCCGAGCCGGAGACCUCGGAUUUUGCGCUGUACAAGAACAGUGGUUUCAAGAAGUGCUACAGUCCACUGGCUGACACUUAUAACUGUACGCAUUUAUUAGCGGAAUUGAGCGGCCCCAAAUCCCUCCCUGAAAUCUACGCAGCCGAAGGAUUUGGCUACGUGAGCAAUACACACGACUGGUGCCAGAUAGUUAACUGCUUUAACGGCUUCAAGAUUAUCCCGUCCACAGCACGUCUUUCGGCUACGAACCUGCCAGGCAUCGCCUGCUGGUGGACCAUAUUGGUCACUUCAAUUACCGCUUUAUGGCAUAGCGGGACACAACUCGCCAAAUCAUCCCAAACCAAGCACAAAUCUUGUAAGGGAUCAAAAGAUAUAUCGUGGAUCGAUUGGAUGUUCCUUGCUUAUGACGUCUGUGGUCCGAUUAUCUGGUGGUGGGUUUCGUUUGGCGAGUUUGCCUCAGACGCAACGAAGUCGGCUACAAUAGCCAUAACUUCCUGGGUGACCACAUGGAAGCUUGGAAGACUUAUCCAAUAUCAUCCUUACUACUGUGCGCUUCCCGGGGGCUGUCGUACGAAACGCGCACUGACGUGGAACUUGAACAUUAUGGCUGUACUACAGUGGAUUGCUAGUGUGUACGUCCUUUACGUCUACCGAGGCGACCUGUUGGGUAAAGCCUCCGCAUUGCAAAGCUACGACUGCCUUGCGUCCCAGAUUCCAGAUGCUCCCGGAUCCACUCCGUGUACAACAGGAGAGCUUUGUUCGCAAAACGUAUUCUUCAAAAGUGGCUACUUCUCUUACGACACCAACUUCCCAUUCGAGGGCCGAUUCACACUUUUCUUCUUCUUUCUACUCUGGACGGUUGCAGCUUUACUUCCGUUUAUCUUUGCUUUCAUAGUCUGGUUGCACGAUAUUAUCAGUUCAUGUUUCAGUGUGCCCGUGAGGGAGGAUAGGAAAAACGAUCUGCAAAGAUUCAACCUGGCCCCGAACACUCUCCUUUCUCUGGUGUCGUUCAUUAGUAUUUGUGCUGCCAUGUUCUAUAGUACGUGGUUGUUGAAGGAGGGUAAUAAGAACGGUCGUGAAGGGCCGAUCAUUUUCCACAGGGAAUGCAACGCCCUACAUGUCCAACUCAGUCCAUGGAGAUACUACUUGGACUUAAGCGACUACGCCAGAGCGUUCCGGGUUGCUAAGAUGUGGUUCAAUGCCUAAGCUGUGUCACGGACUUUGUCUCGAUACAAAGGGUCGGCAUCCCUCGUUUGAAUAUCGAGAAAGAGACAGACCUAAGCUCGAACAUAUGCGGACAUCUUUGUUUGCAUCUGAUCAACAACCAAGCGGAGCUCCAACUCUCUAAGCCCACAACACCCAAGGACUAAGCCGGGAGACCCAAGGGUCUUGUUAGGGCCGUACCCGACCGUCUAUCGGCGCGACUACCGCCCUUUACGGCACGGAGCUAGUCAAGCUCUA